GAAAAAGCCGAGCAUCAAUAAGGGUAAUGUACUCGCGUUUGCCAACUCGCUGCAAGUGACCGUAGGCCAAGAGAUUGCCGGAAUCAUGGACAAAAUCCGGUCUGGGUGCCGGUACAUAUUUCUACCCGUACACACCCGGUUCCACUGGCAUCUCUGCAUACUGGAUACCGUCAAACGUGUUGUGUUGGAGUGUAACUCAAUGCGCGACCCCUUCGGCCAGGGGAAUGCAAAGAAAUUGACGCGAUUUUUAUCGUUGUAUAUGAACGCGUCACGACUAUGGCCUAUGGUCAGCGACAUGCCCGAGUACAUUAGAUGCCGACACCAGGGUGAAACGUUGGACUGUGGACCUUUAGUCUGCAUGUUCGCAGAGUGUUAUGCGCGGGCAGGUCCAGAUGUCAAUCUCGUUGGUGUCCUCGGCGAGGACUUCGGCGAUGUCAAGAGCUACCGAGGCACGAUUGCGGCGAGGAUAUUGAAAGGUCCCCCCUUCUGAAACGUAGACCCCGAUGGAAAAAUAGGGCAGGUUAACACAUGUAAUGAAUUUGGAUUGAUUUGGGAAGUUUUUGCGUUGUGUGGCGAGGUGAUGGAUUUGUUGAAUGUCUUCAGUUUGGAUUGAUCUGGGAAGUUAUUGUGUUGUG